UAUGGUUGAUCCUAGCAAUAAAGAAACAUUUGUUGAUGCUGAGAAGGAUGCUGAUGAUGACGUUGCCAGUCCUGAUUCUAAAGAAUUAGAGAAUAUUUCUAAAAUGAAUGUUGUGACUUAUAGGGGGUUUUUGUUGGCUGGACCGAUUUCGACAAAUGAGGUGUCAUUCGAAAGAGCUCGCCGAGCUGAGUCGAUCGCGGGGUGA